AUGGCCCCAUCCGCAGAAGUAGACGAGAUUACCAUCACCUCCAAGGCCUUGACUCUAUCCCCAAACACGCAAUAUUGGGUUGAGAAGCGGGCUCAACAUGUCCGUGGAGGCUUCCCGGCCUUUCCUGUGGCUGUGGAGAGUGCCAAGGGCCACAUCAUCACCGAUGUCGAUGGCAAGGACUACAUCGACUUCAUUUCACAGUUUGCGGUCAUGAACUUUGGCUACUCCCACCCAAAUAUCACCAAGGCCGCAGUCGACCAGAUAUACAAGAUGCCUCUCAGCGGAACUGCACACAUCAGCCCUCUGUACGCUCAGUUCGCCGAGCGCAUCACAAAGAAAUUCGGCUUCGCCUCGAUCGUGACCAUGCUCAGCGGUUCCGAGGCCGUCGAGUCGGCCGUCAAGAUUGCCCGCAAGUGGGCCUACACCAAGAAGAACAUUCCCGAGAACGAGGCGUGGAUUCUCACGACGGACCAGUGCUACCACGGUCUGACGUUGGCUACUAUGCCACUGGCUACUGUUGUUGCGAAGAACUUUGGCCAACACGUUCCCAAAGUUGGGCCGUUUACCCCUACUGGUGACAAGCUGAUCCAGUACGGCGACAUUGAUAUUCUGGCCGAGACUUUCAAGCAAGACGGGCACAGAAUCGCUGCUUUUCUUGUCGAGGCCGUUCAGGGAUGGGCUGGUACUCGAUUCCCGCCAAAGGGAUACUUGAAAGCUGUGCAGGAUCUGUGCAAAGAGCACAACAUCCUGCUCAUCUUCGACGAGGUCCAGGCUGGAUACGGCCGCACGGGCAAGGACUUGUCCUACCAGCAUGCCGAGGGCGUCCAGCCUGACAUGGUCACUCUCGGCAAGGCCGUCACAGGAGGCUUCUACCCCAUGUCCGUGGUCAUGGGCAAGGGCCACGUCAUGGACGUGGUCCAGAAGAGCGAGAUCCUCUCGACCUUUGGCGCCUGCCCUGUCGCCUGCGCCGUAGCCCUCGCGGCCCUCGACGUCCUCGAGGAGGAGAAGAUCUCGGAGCGAACCCACCGGCUCGGGCUCUUGCUCGAGAAGACGUUCAAGGAGCAGAACCCCCCGCACGUCAUUGAGCUGAGGGGCGGCGGCCUCUUCUACAGCCUGGUCAUUGACGAGUCGACGGCGGGCGUAACGGCGCGACGGGCGGCGGCUCUGACCACGCUGCGCGGCGUGCUGGUCGGCUGCGGCUUCAACAGACUGCGGUUCAGCCCGCCGUUGACGAUUACGGAGGAGGAUCUGGUCAAGGCUAUUAGGGUUAUCUCACAGGCUUUGAGGGAUAUUGAGUACCUGGGUGAUUUUCCCGGGAGCGAGGUUAUCAAUUAG